AUGACGUACACAGUCGGGAAGCACUGCUCCCGCGGCGACGCGUGGAUCGUCGUGGACGAGCGAGUGUACGAUGUGUCUCGCUUCAUCGACGCGCACCCCGGCGGAGUCGGCCCUAUCCUUAACCUCGCGGGCAAGGACUGCACCGACGUGUUCGCGAACUACCACGCCGCGCGCGAGCUGCUGCGGCGCGGGCUCUUCGAGACGGACUCGCGCUUCUACCUCAAGAUGCUCGCCUGGCACUGCACGCUCUGGCUCUGCGCGAUGUACCUCUCUCUCGGCUGCGACUCGUGCGGCGCGCACAUGCUCGGCGCGGCGCUGAUGGGUGUCUUCUGGCAGCAGCUCGCGGGCAUCGGGCACGACCUCGGCCACAGCGGAGUGACGCACUCUUUCCGCCGGGACCACCUCGUCGGCUCCCUCCUCUCCGCCUUCAUGGGCCUGUCGGUUGGCUGGUGGAAGUCGGACCACAACACGCACCACGUCGUCUGCAACGCCGUCGAGCACGACCCGAACAUCCAGCACAUGCCGAUGCUCGCCAUCACCGACAAGGUCUUCCGCCGGCCGCGCUUCUGGGACACCUACCACCGAAAGUGGGUCGGCAUGGACGAUGCGGCGCACUGGCUCGUCUCGCACCAGCACCUCUUCUUCUACCCGCUGAUGGCGCUCGGGCGGUGGAACCUGUACGCACAGGGGCUGAUCUACCUCCUCACGCAGCCCGACAAGACGCACUUCCGCAAGACGGAGCUCGCCGGCAUCGCAGUCUACUUUGGGUGGGUGCUCGGCACCGCUCUCUCGAUGCCCUCCUGGGCCGAGUCCGUCGGGUGGGUGAUGCUGUCGCACGCAGUCGCCGGCGCCCCGAGGUAG